GUGCUUUACUGCCAUUUCAGAGACGGUAUGGAACCCGUUGUUCUCGUUGUGGCAGACACAUCCAUUCUACUGACUGGGUCCGAAGGGCUAAAGGAAAUGUUUAUCACUUGGCAUGCUUUGCCUGUUUCUCCUGCAAAAGGCAGCUUUCCACAGGGGAAGAAUUUGCUUUGGUUGAAGAGAAAGUCCUCUGUCGUGUACACUAUGAUUGCAUGUUGGAUAAUCUGAAAAGAGAAGUAGAAAAUGGAAAUGGUAUUAGUGUAGAAGGUGCUUUGUUAACAGAACAAGAUGUUAAUCAUCCAAAACCAGCAAAAAGAGCUCGGACCAGUUUCACAGCAGAUCAGCUGCAGGUAAUGCAAGCACAGUUUGCUCAGGACAACAAUCCAGAUGCACAAACACUCCAAAAACUGGCAGAAAGAACAGGCUUGAGCAGGCGUGUGAUACAGGUGUGGUUUCAAAACUGCAGAGCACGCCACAAGAAACAUGUGAGCCCCAAUCAUUCAUCCAGUACACCUGUUACAACAGUCCAGCCUUCUAGGCUUUCUCCACCAAUGUUAGAAGAAAUGGCAUAUUCAGCAUAUGUACCCCAGGAUGGGACAAUGUUAACUGCCCUACAUAGUUAUAUGGAUGCUCAUUCACCUUCUGCUCUUGGACUCCAGCCUUUGCUACCCCAUUCAAUGACACAACUACCAAUAAGCCACAGCUAAUUCAUUUAUUUCAGGGACAUCAGACUAAGGAGGUACUCUUGAGUCGCCUAUUGUGUUCUCAUUGAAAAUCAGUUAACCUUUAAAAAUAGCAUCCAAAGCAUUUGAAGACAAUUUUGUUUUCCAGGUAUGUAAGUAUAGUUGGCCUGCAAGACACUUUUAUGGCUUCUCCAUAAAUAUGUUUACAAGACUUACUAAAAAGAAACACAUUUUUUUUGUAUUGUCUGGAAGUAGUCCAUUAUAGUUUUGUGUUUGUUAAUUUAUUUAUCAUCAAAAGAGCACUUUGCCUAAAAGACAGGACUGACAAGUGUACAAAAUGUUUACAAUUCUUUGUGAAAUUGUAGUUCAUCAUUAGUUUGUAUCUGUAAGUUAUUGCUAUUAAAGUAUUAUCUGUAUUUGAGUUACAUGCAGCCUAUACUUUGAAGCUUUUGUCUGUGAGCUGGCAAAAACUUCAGUUGCCAGUGUUCUUCAAAUGACCUAAAUAAAACUUUCUGUUGUAGCAUGCCAA